AUGUCGAGUUCAUCUGCAGAGCUUUUUGUGCGGGAUCAGGCUGAGGAAGAUGGUGCCUCGUCCCAGGGCGCGAAUGUGGCUACGCGCUCGAUUCCAAGGGCGCACGCCGGCAUGAGCCUCGGCCCUAUGAUCGGACCCUACAGCCUUGGCCGAACACUGGGCGUCGGCUCUACUGGCAAAGUUAAGCUGGGUGUUCACGUGGAAACUGGUGAACUAGUUGCAAUAAAAGUGAUCCGAAAAGAGUUCAUUGAGCGAAAGGAGUCGCUAAAGAAGAAGAUGCAGCGCGAGAUCGCUGUUAUGAAACUGUGCGACCAUCCUAAUGUGCUGCGCCUGCUCGAAGUCUUUGAAACGAAUACGCACCUUUUCCUGGUAACAGAGUACGCGGACGGUGGCGAGCUCUUCGACUAUCUGGUCAAGCGAGGGAGCCUCGAACCAGACGAGGCGCGGCUAUUUUUUCGUCAGAUAAUCGAGGGCGUCGACUACUGUCACCAGCGAUACAUCGUUCACCGUGACUUGAAACCAGAGAACCUCUUGCUGGAUAAGGAACAUCGAAUCAAAAUAGCUGAUUUUGGGAUGGCAAGUAUGCUGCCGCCGGGGAGUAUGCUGGAAACAAGUUGCGGGUCGCCUCAUUACGCCGCACCGGAGAUUAUCAGUGGUGAAAUGUACAGUGGUUUUGAAAGCGAUGUCUGGAGUUGCGGUGUGAUUCUGUACGCGCUGGUUACGGGUAAGUUGCCAUUCGAUGAUGAUAAUCUGCAGAGGUUGCUGCAAAAAGUGAGAUGUGGGCUAUACCAUCUGCCGAGUUAUCUGCCUCCUCAGCUCCGCUCUCUGAUCCACUGCAUGCUCACAGUGGACCCGAAGCGGCGAAUUACCGUCGAAGGCAUCAAAGCGCAUCCCUGGUAUCUGGGGAAGGGCGAGAAAGGUAGCGGACCACAUCACUCGCAAUCGACCGCAAGCGAUGGGGCAACAGCUGAAGGCGCUGACGCCAGGGAAUCGAGAACCAUACCGCAGUCGCUGGAACCAGCGGCGCCGUUGUAUCGAGAGCCGGUGCUGGAUCCAGUUCCUGCGAUCCUGCAGUCUUUAGUUGAUCUCGGUUGGGGUGAUUCGGACUCUUUGCGAGCGAUUCUAGCGAGUGAGCAACCGAGUUUAGAGCGUGUCUUCUACCGGCAGCUCGAAAUUCGCGAGCGCGAGAUGAAACAACAAUCUGCGAAUGAUAGCGACGAGGGCGAAAGCGGAACUCCGAGCCCGCGCGCUGGAAGUGCAGCUGAGAAAGCCGCGGAUAUGUCAUCGGCAAUAGCUGCAUUAUCGAACGCAGAAGCGACGUCAGCGGUACGGACGCGAACGCGCCGACCGCAAUGGUUUCCACCAGAGUGGUCGAAUGCAACCGAUGUGCCUGCUGGUGCUGGUGGUGGUGGUGGUGGUGGUGCUCCUGUUCAAGCCGCUGAUCAGACCAAUGACAUACAGCAUCGGCUCGCGCAAACGCACAUCGGAGCUGAGGACGCAACCAAGGCAGCAGCGUCCACCGAGGCGGGCAAUGCCGGUGUCCUUUGGGAGCGUCCGACAGUUGCCUCUGCGCCGCAGCGCAUUCCGCGCGGUACUGGAACGCAUCACGGGGCGCACGAGAAGGAGAGCAUAUCGGGUGACACUGGGGAGCAGCCAUCGGAUGGUGCUGAAGCCCAGAAUGCUGACGAGGACAUGUUCCUGGCCGACCUGUCAGGUCCGAAGAAGAAUUGGUUCGAUAGCCUCGGUCGCUACUUCUACUCGCGCCAGCGACGUCGCAGCCGAGGUCCCCCGUCGUCUCACUCGCAGAGCACGGACCAGACACCGAAAAACCCUACAACUUCAAGUAGCGAUAACGGGAGCACGGCGACUGAGCAGAGUGCGGAUACGCCCGUCAGCGCAGCGCACCUCUCAUCCUAG